AAAGCCCUGGGAUUACAGGUGUCAGCUGCUGUGCCCGGCCACUUCAUUCUAUUUUAUUGCUAAAUAGCAUUCCCUUGUAUAGAUAUACAAAAGUUUGCUUACCUGUUACCUGCUGACACACGUUUGGGUUGUUUCCAGGUGUGGGUGAUUGCACGUAUGCCUGCCGUGAACACUAGUGUACGCAUGCCUGUGUGAAUGGAUCCAUCCUUUCUCCUGGGAGUGGGAUACCUAGAUCAUGCGGAAGCUCCUUCCCCAGCCCCAGGGGACAGUGAAGAUGUCCACAUUUCCCGAGCAGCUCUGCUGUGCUUCACACGAGGAAAGCCUGGGUUGCUGAGGCUUCCGGGGCGGCCGGGGGCGGGGGGUCUCUGGCCUGGGCAUGUGACCUGCACCGAGGCUCUGCUGAGGGCGCGGGGCGGGGCGCCGGCCGGGGAGCAGGCCGCGCUCCCCGACUGCUGCCUGUGCGGCCUGCCUCACGGCGAGAGCUCGCUGAGCCGCCUAAUGCGCGCCCUGCUGGCCGCCCGCGUCAGCCUGGAGCUCUGCCUGUUCGCCUUCUCCAGCCCGCAGCUGGGCCGCGCCGUCCGGCUGCUGCACCAGCGCGGGGUGCGAGUGCGGGUCGUCACCGACUGCGACUACAUGGCCCUCAACGGCUCACAGAUCGGCCUGCUGCGCAAGGCAGGUAGGCCCGGCGGGGGCGCAGGUGGAGAAGGCCGGCCUGACGCUCGAGGGGUCCUAGGCAAAGGUGGACACUUAGGGGAGGGGAUCUGGGGUCGGGCUGAGACCUCGUUUACUUUCCCUAGUGGCCAUGGGGGGUCGGGGUGGUUUAACGCGGAGAAAGCGGAGCCCCCUCAGAAGGCCUAGCUGGCUGCGCGGGCAGAAGCGAGCAGGGCCCUUGGUUGUCACCCCGGUGGGGGCAGUUCUCUGAGUGACUGCCAUGCUGGAAGCAGGUGCCUGCGUGUGCCGGCUUAGAGGCGGGGCCGGCUCCCCCAGGAACUCCCCCGCCCUACCAGCGGAGGAGUUUUCGUGACUGCUGCAUCCCGGCCCGCCCUCCCGCAGGCUGUCGGAGACCCCUGGACGGCCUCUGGUGACCUGGAUCCUGCUAGCAGGGAAGCUGGACUCCAGGGUUGUGCUGGGACUUCCGUACUAAAGGGCUCCAGGGAGAGGCGGCCACCUGCUGCUGAGCAAACCUCAGGCCACCAGGCUUUGGGAUACCUAAAGAUAUGUUCUAGAAGGCAGCACCAGGACGUCCGGUUGUUUUCUCAGCUGCAUAAGGAGGGGGAACACAUAUCUCUCUGGCGGGGGCGCGUCUCUCACGGGGUUGACAGAAGGAAACAGGAAAUGUGAAUAAUUGGGAUCCUUGUCCUGCCUGAGGAUUCUCAGGCCAUCCUGGCCCAGUUCGGUGGCCCAGCCUGCUCUUGCCUGUGGUGUAUUUGCACCCACAGACUCUUGGGCUUCUCUCUGUCUCCAUCACUCAGGUGCCCAGAAAGUCACACCUGCACGUGCAACCGUUGGAUCUGGUAAUUUUGGUCACAGUGACUGAGAGACCGUGGAGUCCUGGGAACUGCCCACGUUGGGCAGUGGCCACCAACGCACUGUUCCUUCUGCAUAGCCGCGGCCUCUUGCUGACUUGGGCCGCAGAGCAGCCUCUCCAGAGUCAGCCAGCCUCCCUCUCCGGUCUGGGUGGUGUGGGGUGUGUUGCACCCCCCGUGGGAGCAGAGUGGGGCGAGUGGUUUUCAUGUUGAGGAUGUGCCUUUCUCUUUUGGCAGUCACAAGAGCUGUCCUCUCAAGUGUUGGUCAUUUUAACGGGGGAGGUGUGGGGACCUCCAGGCGUGCACAGCACAGUUCUGUUUGAAUUGCUUUUAGAGUCGUAGAAGCUGAGGUUUGUGAAGAACCUUCAAGGACCCCUAGACCAAGGUCCCAUCCGAUCCCCUCUGCGAUGGCCUCCCAGUGUCGUUGCUGACUUUGAGGCUGUCCAGUGGCAUUCACCCAUUCAAGGAAGGAAUGUCCUCUGUGUGCCAGUAUUUGUGAGGAGCUGGGACACCCUAGGGCACAAGGCCAGAGUCCCGUGGGGAUGCCAGCUAAGUCACCAUAUUUCAUUUAGGGCAACAAGAAGGGUCAGGAAAACUUCAUAAAGCAGGGUGAGGAGGCAAUGGUGUGGAAGGAAGUGGUGUGGGCCAGGUCAGCUGCCCAGGGGCAGUGACACUCAGGGCAGGGACCUUGAUGACACAAGUGGGCAGUCCGGAGGGGAGGCAUGCGGCUGGAAAGGGCAGCAGCACAGAUGCCCUGGGUCACAGACUGACUUCUUUGUGAGGAGCCGCAGGGGUCCUCUGUGGCUGACCAUGGAAAGUGGUGAGCGGGUAUAGGUCAGGCUUCCCCUGAGAGGCCAGAGGUGGCGGGCCUCGGGGAGGGGCUGGGGGUUGGGGCAGUAGAUCCCGGUGGAGGCAGGAGGUGUCGGCAAUGGUGAGGCUUUAGAUUGCCUACCUUUUGGAGCGAUGCAUUUGGAUGGCAGCGCCGACAGGGCAUGCUGGUGGAGUGGCCGGAGCGUGAGGAGAAGGGUUGGAUCCCCCAGAUAAGGAAGCCACCAGGCACAAUGCAGGAGGCACAAUUAAAAGUGAGUUCCAGGCCG